GUCAACAUGUGCUGUCUUGAGCGGAGUUCCUUUUUCUGCGUGUCUUUGUGAUUGCAAAUGGUGUAACAAGAACUUUUGCGAUGAGGUUGAUGUUGAAGCGUAGUCUUGUUGGUUUGGUCGAUAUAGAUCGAACCCAACAAAGACUUGUAGACGUUGCUUAUCAUGAUACAAAUUCGUGUUGACUGAGUUUUUGUUUUUGAGUUUCGUUUUUGAUGUUAUCAAUCUGCCAAAAAGGACGUAAGUUUUUCUUGGCCCGACUGCGUUGGGGAGCUCUUUUUAGCCUCUCUGCUUGUCGGAUUUUGAUGUCGUGCUACAAUCAUUUUAUUUUUUGUUUCUUCUGACCUUCUGAAGGUUCAUCAUAUGGUGAUAACGAGGCGAGAUGAAUGCAGAAUGCUGUCUGUUACCUACGUUAGAUUUUGAUGUGCUGUAGUACAAGUGCAUAGUGAAUUCGUAUUCGAGUUAUCUACUUUGAUCAACACCACUAGAGUCCUAGUUCUGAUCCUUGUAAUUUCGUAUUUUUCGACGCGAAGAUGGUGUCGCUGCGGAGAAGCAGAGCAUCGCGGGGCUCAAAAGCCCUGGCUGCACUAGUAGCAGUCAUGCCUGGAUCAGCAGUGAUGACGCGACAGUCCAUCUCAUCACGGAGUAGAGGAUCACUGUCAACGCGAGCUCUUGGUUCACAACGACGCGGCAGUUUACUGCGAAAAGGGUCAAGGCAAAACGAAGAUCAUUAUGGAUGCAGUAUAUUGUUGCAUAUGCUUAGGUUUACUAGGACAGAGUUAUUGGGUUUCGUUUGCAUGGUUCUAGGACACGAGGCUAGCUGCUAGAAAGACCACCAGAGUUAGCAAUAUCCUUACCAGAGUUCUUUUCUUUGUAUCUAAGAAAAGGACGAAGAAGACGAGGAAGAGGUGGUGGCGAGUGACGAUGUUUCGUUGGCAGAAGCAGAGCGUGAUCAAAGCGAGUCGGACAACGACGAAGAGGAUUUAGCCGACGAAGAUGAGGAGCGCGACGACCCUGCGUUAGUGGAGCAGAGCCAGGACUCUGCGGAGGACGAAGACCUGGACGAAAGUGCCGAUGGAAGUAUCGGCCUUGUGGCCAUGAAGAGUGGUACUGAUUUGUUCCCUUUGUAGAGGGGGCUGUGCUAUGUGUUGUGGAUGCGUGCCCCGGCCUGCAGGCAUCCCCGGCUGCAUCCGUGCGGGGCUUCCGCACCGAAGCCGCGUAGCGCCCGUAGACCUUCGGGAGGGGGCUCCGCUUUCUGGGCGAGCACGGUCAGGAAAGGCGCGCGCCGGCGUCCCCGAUGUGGAUGGCAGCGCAAGCGAUAUGGAACGGGGCUGCAAUCCGUUGGCACUCCCGCCACACAGCUGAACCCUGUCCAAGCGUUCGCGGCACCAGGCCGGCUUGGCGUGGUAGCCUUUGGACGCGGCUGUGGCGUGGCGGCUUUGGAGAGGCCGCGCGACCGCGCCUGCCUUCGCGGUGCUGCAGGGCCACCAAAGGCGUGCGGAGACUCCCGGGGCCUGAAUCUUCAACAGACCAGCGCCGCACCUGGCCGCUUCGUGUUUCAGGGCUGAAAACCCGCGCAGGGCCUGCGCGCUCGAAUCUGAACGACAUUCGACAGGGCUGACGAAGCUGCCUCCGGGUGCCUUGUUGCCACAGCUCGAAGCAUAGAGGCGGGAGAAAUUCGGCCAGAAGGGUGGCGCACUCGUACCCAUUGGCGCCGCUGGGGUAGUUCCGCGCGCUUCGCUUGUUCCCCUGUGUGCUGAAGUGGUUGCGCAGGCCAGUGAUGGACCAGAGGCGCGCCGCAGCCGUUGCAGUGGCUGCUAUGAGUUAAGAAGCGAAGGCGCCAACAAUCGCACGCGGCCACUAGGUGCUUUGUUUUUUGAUUGCGUAGGCUUUGCGCAAUGAAUGCAGGCCGCAGAGAACCGCCGCAGCCGCUGCGCGGCAGUGGACUGGUACACGGAGGCGCCCAGUCGCGACCGGCGGCGUCUUGGUAGGGUUAGGGCUUAGGGUUUGCAGUCGCUACCCUCGCGCAGUUUUGUGAGGCUAGAACGCUGGGCAACUUUCUACAGUCAAGCCACGCAGCCCAAGGGCAGGACUGAACUCGCAGAGAAGUGCGGCGAUGCUUUCGCAAAACGCCCAGCAAAUACCCGGCACGUGUCAAAGCUUGCCCAAGCUGCAGAGGGAGCGCGCCAAAGGAGGGAACACGGGGGGCGGGCCUCGCCGCGUACCAGCGCAACCCUGUCCAGAGCUACUUGGUCGGCGUGAUUGAGGAGGAAAUGGGGGAAGCCCAUGCCCGCGCAAAGCUUGGGGCUUCGAGGGGUUUUACCCCGCCGCCAGGCUUUGCGAAUGGUGCGGCCGCCUUGCGCACGGGAUACAGCGACGCCACAAACGGCGAAAAGGUGCAAGCAGCCUAACCCCAAUCAUACGCAUAGACCAUUUCGUCGGCCAGAUAUGAUAAGAGCUUGCACAUGCAAACUUGAUUAGGAGAUGCGGCUGGAGUCUCCAGAUGGCCGAUUUAGACUAGAUGAGUGUCACCGUAAAGCCAUAGAGGAAGAGGACAGCCGCAACGGCAAUGCUUGCCGCCGGAAAAUUUUCCGCGGGGGGUUUCUGUGUAGACUUGCCGACUCUUAGACGCCCGGAACCUCUCUACGCAGAUCAAAUAGCCGGCCACAUCGUCCGCGGGAUUCGCUGCGCCUUAUCCUGGAACGCCGACGGCGAUGAAAAUGUUCAGCGGCGAAGGCAGUAGCGGGGUGAAGGGUGCGGCGAGCUCCUCCGACCGGAAAGGAACAGAACAGGACGGACGGCAAUCGCAGCAGCGGGGCGAAGCGUGCGGCGAGCUCCUCGCGCCGGAAAGCAAAAGAACAGGACAGCGGCAGAGUCGCCGCGAGCAUGGGAACGGGCUGACGACAAGACGCGGCCGAGAAGUUUCGCCAGCUUGCGACUGAAAGGGGGGGGAAACGCCUCAAGCCCAUAGCUGCAGCAGCAGCCAGCGCGACCGUGGCGCCUGGGCGUGGUCGGUGCUGCUCAGCUCGGGAGCCUGCCAGGGGUUUUCGAGCGUUUCUUCGGUUGUCGCGGUCUUGCGCGUGAGUCGCUCCGAAGCGCAACACAGUCAGGACAGCAGGCCCGGCGUGCCCUGCUUCGAAAACCAGGGGCGCCGCGCUCUUGGGGCCACUCUGGGGCUUGGCCUCUGCGGAGCCUGCGGGGGGCCGCGCAGUUCUUGCGCCGCGUCGCCCGCGGGCAUGCCUGGGCACGCAUGCCCCAGGCAUGCCCGGGCCCCCGCGCUUAGCUCUUUCGCGCCAUGGCUGGCUUCGCCCCUUGGGGUCUUUCUUCGUUUUUUCUUCUCUUUUAUGAAGUGGCGGCCCCCUGCUUGCUUGGCAGCUCGCGGGGCUGUGCGUGGGCUUCGGGCCUUUUCGGCUCGUUCUGUCGUUUCGCGGGCGGUUUGCCUCCUGCUCCGCCAGGGCCUCGCCCCUCCGCUUCGAGGACUAGGUCGCCCCUCUGCUCCAGGGCCUUGCCUUUUCCCCACGCCAAGGGCCCGGCGCUGUGCCCGCAAAGAUAGGCGAACGCAUUCGGCGGCUUUUAAUCUUUCUUUUUGCGGGGUUUGUGGAUCGGUCGGGGCCUCUCUGGAGGGCAUGGGGACGCUACAUUGGUGGUCAACGUGCGCCCCAGGUUGUCUCUGCCUCGCAUUGCCCCUGCACUUGUUUGUUUGGCUCGAUAUCGUGUUGGUUCCCCAUCAUUCACUUUUUCACAAUCCAGAUCCCGCAUCGACGACAUGCAGUGGCACGCCAGGAACGUCGGAGCAUACGAGUUGCUGUUUGAACCAGGUUAACCCUCUAUCGGCGUCACAAAAGGAGUACAGGGUGGAGUUGAAGAACUUUCAGAACGUGCAGUACUACGGCAAAAUUGGAAUUGGUACUAAAUCUUCUGGAAGUUCCUGUUUUGUAAAAAACUCCAGUACACCGUAGCAAGGACUAAUUAUAUUUUCAGCCACUGUUCUUGUGUACAAUGAAUAUGUCGAGAAACAAGAGGCACGACUGCCUCAUACUCGCUUUCUCCACUACAAACACACUACGAGUAAGAGCUUAUACGUCACUCAAUCAAUCUCAACCACCUCCCAUGGACCAUGUAUGAUCUUUAUCGCCAUGUAUGAUCUUUAUCGCCAAUCAAUCUCUAGGUAAAAGCCAAAACGGAUCGUGGUCAUAUUUCCCGGCAAUAUAUGAUACGGGUAGUUUCGAGAUUUUGGUCUUAUCUACGAAGUGCGAACAGUGCAAAAGCGGAGGCUACGACGCGGUCGAUAUGCCGCUAUACGACUCGAAUAUAUCCGACACCUUCUCAUUAUGAUCUCAUUUCUAUGAUACUUCUCAUCAAGCUGCAUAAGAACUAUUUCAUCAAAGGCUGACAGAGGUGGAGUGAAAGUGGAGUUAUAUGAAGUACGAAGAGAUACCGAAAACAAGAAAGGAAAAUUCAACUAAUCAAUCUUCCAUACCCCAUGAAUGGGCACACUACUACUACUCCUACUACUACGGUCUAAAAUCUGAUCUAUCAUGAUCACACAUCACACACUUUCAUUCUAUCUUUUCGAUUCGGAGAAGCAGAAUACACAGGCCAAGACAGCGAUGGCCUCAUGCGAAAAAGAACGCAAGGACGAUGAAGUCUGCGAAUAUAGGGUAUCCCAGCUCAGCUAUAAAAAGGAUACAUAAUCAUGAGGCACAAGAGGUUCAUUAUGAAGGUGUAGUUCAGACACACUAGACACACGGUGUAGUUCGAAUUCAUACACACGCUAGACACAACGUUCGAAACAACCCCGACACAAACUACAACCUUCCACACGACACAGUCAUCAAUGGAUCUAUCCUACUUCCACACAAUCAAUGAAACAAACAGCAAAUAUUUGCUCAACAUACUUUCGGUAGUGGGCCGGUGGAAAGUGUGAAAGCCUGGGAGAAUGUCAAUUAUGGUCAACUACAUGUAGUCGUGUCCAUCAUUCUCAACAUUUAGUGGUCCCCUUUUCCCUUGUAUUAUUAUUCCUAUGAAUUACUACAAUGCCUGAAACAUCGGUUGACACGGUUCUACUCGAACCCACGUUGUCCUAGCAGGUGCGGCUUGGCCGCGAAGCGGUGGACCCUCAGCUUUAACCUUAACCAUUACUACAAGGGUAAGAAAGGGGUGUCACGGGUAUAUGUUGAAUUACUACAAGGGUAAGAAAGGGGUCACACCCAGGGUAAGAUGAGCAGGUAAGAGAGGGGUCAAGAUGAGCAUUCUAGCACACGCUAAGGCAAAAUCGGGUCCGAUAGUGAUGCUCCGGAACUCGGUUACUUCCCGUUCUGGGAAAUCACGUGGCAUCAGAUCGAUGCUUGGGCUGCGGGAGCCAAGUUCAGCGCCAUUUUAAGGCUUACUUACUAUUUAGAGUUGUAUUGAUAUAGCUAUAGGCUUACUUACUAUUUAGAGUUGUAUCUAUUGCUUAAGUACUAUAGAGUUGUGUUGCACGUUGUACUUGAUAAGUGAACAGGCCAACGCCUAAACCACUAAGCCAACUACUCAUCUUGCACCGGUUAGUUUUCCCUCUAACUUGUAGACUUAUCCCUUCAAGCAACAUCUUCUUCUUCCAAGCAGCUCCUUUUCAAGUACAAGGAAAGGCACCUACUACCAGGACUUACUACCAAAAUCUUUGAUGUAGCCUUUUUGAAGGGAAGACUACAGUACAGUGCAGUGCUCACCAGUGUUGACCAGAAUGCUUCCUCAGGACUUACAUUGACAUCGUGAAAUUCUAAUGUUCGUUGGCCUCGGUCCUCGCGAUUAUGUCCCGCCAAUGGCCGAAGAAGCGAGCACGGCGAGCGGUGAUUCGGCAGAAAGUACUAGCACAACUUCUACAGUUAUGAAUGUAUGAAUAUAAAAAAGAACGAACUAGAAGAACUUCUUCCUCCUCAUCCGAGCAACAGAUUCUGAGGCUCUUCUCAAUUCUUCUUCUCCCUCUCAGCCGAAAACAAGACGGAAACAUUGUUAGAGCGUGGGGAUGUGAAUAAGUUUUCGAUUUGUCUUGAGCGGGGGUCGGCCGAGCAGCAGCAAAUCAUCGAGGGACCGGAGGCGGACAAAAUGCAAUGGCCCUCAGGAUGGCUCACCUUCAAUUUAUGUGCGGUUUUGUAUUCACAAUUAGAAUGUGGCUUUGUAUUGAAAUUGUCAUGUUGUUGGGCGGCGAGUGUAUGAAAUAGAAAUUCUUCACGUGGUUCUUGAUUAUCGUGGUUACUAUUCUUGUUUAAAAUUAUGUUGUAAUACAAGAGCAGGCCCCUGCUCUUGUGACUUUUUUUUUCCUGUGACUUUGUUGAUACUGCGUCCUCUUCCGCUCUACCACCUUUUUCACUCCCCUCUCUUCAUCUGUUGCCAAUACGGACAGUGGCGAGACGCAAGUAGAGGUCGUGGGUCGCGUCCACUGGGCAGUGCACAUGCCGAAAUUUGGAGUGAACGUGGGUGGCAAUUUUACCAACCUCUGUGGUGGUGACGAGCGAGGAUGUGGCGCCAUUGUGGACUCGGGAACCUCGCUGCUCGCAGCACCGACGCCAGUGAUUGAAGGACUACUAGCAAAGGUGAACAUCAAGGAAGACUGUUCGAACUUGGAUGAACUGCCGCCUUUGGAGUUCAUGUUCGGUAAUGCCUUUGGAGUACAAAAAACCAUUUUUUUAGCGUGAAAAAACCACUUUUUUAGCGUGAAAAACCAUUUUUUAGCGUAUUGAGUACAGAAAGCCCAACCCCAAAGACUCUAACAAGUCAGCUUGUGAUUCGUCUAACCAUCUUCAUUUCGAUUCUUUUGAUUUUCAAUCAUAAUAUCAACAACUGAAAUAUCAAUAGGUAAUGGCACAUUCACCGAGUCCUUUCUUCUGCCGCCCUCUGCUUACGUCAUGCGCGUAGAGCAGACUCAGCAGCAGAUGGGCGUCCUUGAGUGGUUUAAGUUAUGACUGGGUUAUUUUGUCAUUGUCCUAUUCAUUGUAUCGCCUCCUCAGCGGUAUUGAUCUGAAGCAGUUUUCAUUCUCUCUUGUGCUCCACGUCCUGAGUCUCUACUUUUCUAUGUAGUAAGAAAAAGUGCGAUCCGACCGUCUCUACUCCUUACUCGUCCUCUACUUAACGUCUCUACUCCAAGGAACAAAUCCAAGGACGUUCUAAUUGAAGCAGCGGCCAAGGGCGGUCUGUCGCAAGCGCGAAAAGCAACGAGCGGGAAAAAUGCAACUAUCUGUGUGCCGGCUUUCAUGCCCUUGGACAAGGAAGACGCGAGAUUAAGGGUUGGAAGUUGAUCCCUCAAUGAGCAUACCUGUGACCUCUUGUUCAAGUAGGAACAAGUAGGUCAUAGAAGAUAUGCGACCUGCUAGAUGGGGGUCAAGAAGGUCAAGUUGCAACCCCUAACGAAACUUGGCCCAGUCUUCAUCAUGGGAAUGUCGUUCCUGCGCCACUACCGAACCACCUACGUGCGCCAGCAAGGCUCCUGCCCACCUAAGAUGUACUUCGAUCCCGUAGAUCCCCAGUGCAACAAGAUCGCGAAAUCUUAUGGCAACAUACACUUGUUUAGAAAUUGUAGACAGUCAAGAACUCGUCCAUUCAUAGGAGCGUGCUCUUGCAGUGCAGAGAAGAUGACACAGUUUUCCUUAUCGUCUCUCCCCUUCCUCACGCCUCUCGACCUCUUGAAAAAUAGGCAAAUGCCACCUCGUCUUCUCUAAACCAGAGCAAACCGGAACGAAGGUGGAGCGCAGUUCAUGUCGCUCUUGGGAAAGAGUGACUCACAGCCGCCUCUUAUCGACCGAUCGAAGCUGAGGUUGCCAAAGUGGGCUGAAAAAUUGGAGUACUUGUAA